AUGGGCCCAUUCCCAGCUGGUUUGGUACUCCAUUCGUGGACAGGACCUCCUGACAUGGUCAUCCCACUCGCCCGUGUCGAGGGUGUGCAUUUCUCACUAUCUGGGUUCACAACGCGUGCGAAUCCCAGCAAGCUAGCUCAGACUGUCAAGCAGAUUCCAUUGGACCGGCUGCUGCUGGAAACGGACGCUCCUGAUGGGCUACCUAAGGAGCAUCGUUUAAGUGGCUGUGGGCAGCAGGAGCAGCCCAUCAAUCGUCCAGCGAACAUCCGGACAAUAUGCACAAGAGUUGCAUCUGCCAUGGGAGUCCAUGAAGAGUUGAUCGCAAACGCAGCACAUCGCAAUGCAUUGAAGCUGUUCAGAUUUGGUCAAAAAGCGUUGCAUGCCAGUUCUUAA